UGAAAUAAAAGCCUAGCAUCAACCUUGCAGCCCCCAGCCCUUGGAAUCGGCUCAGGAUAAGCAAACAAGGUGGGAAGCCUGCCCUCGUGGCCUUUGCCCAUUCGCCCCCUUGCACUUUGACAGAGUUUGGCGUUCCGUAACGCAUUCACACGCGCCACCGUUCCAGUUGUUAUGAUGUUGGACUAAGAUCGUCUUCUUGGCUGCGCGGACUGCGGGGGAAAGAAGACCAUCGGGAGUGGCGCCUCUCCCUUUCUCUCAAUGAAAUCGGAUCGGAAUAAAAAGUGACUUCCCUCCACCCAGGAUUGAGGGGAAGGCAAGAGGUGCGCGAGUUUUCCGCGCCCCGAAGCAGCGCGCCGAGGCAAAGCGCGAGAAGCGGAGAGGGGAGCCCGGGAGGCGCUAUGGCGAGACUCCGGGGUGUCGAUUUGGCGGCGGCCGGCGUGCUUUUACUUUUGCAGUGUUUCGCGGACCGGUGGCAGCUCGUGGAAGCCUUGAAGCCGAAACAAAUUCACGGUUCAUUUUAUGAAAUGGUUCAGAGCUUCCCACAAGUGGCGGAGAAUGUACGUGUGAAUUCCUACAGAUACAGCCACAGAUGGAAACGGCGUUCGGAUUCUCUCAAACCAGUGGACACUAACAGGGCCAAUAUGGGGCAGGACUCCUCAGAACCUGGAAGUUUUGCAGAUCUGCUGCUCGAUGACACACAUGACAACACUACACGGAUUGAGAAGGAUAUGGAUCACAAUUACUACACUUCUAGGACGUAUGGCCCAUUUGAUGCUACCAGCCGAGAUCUGUGGGUGAACAUAGACCAAAUGGAAAAAGAAAAAGUGAAGAUCCACGGGAUUCUUUCUAACUCACAUCGACAAGCAGCAAGAGUGAAUUUAUCCUUCGAUUUUCCAUUUUAUGGUCAUUUCCUACGUGAAAUUACAGUGGCAACUGGGGGCUUUAUAUAUACUGGAGAAGUGGUGCACCGAAUGUUAACAGCUACGCAAUACAUUGCUCCCUUGAUGGCCAACUUUGACCCUGGUGUUUCAAGAAAUUCAACUGUCAGAUACUUUGAUAAUGGUACUGCACUGGUAGUCCAGUGGGAUCAUGUACAUCUACAGGAUAAUUACAACCUGGGCAGUUUCACAUUUCAAGCAACACUUCUCAAUGAUGGGCGUAUAAUUUUUGGUUAUAAGGAGAUUCCUGUCUCAGUGACACAGAUAAGCUCAACCAAUCACCCUGUGAAAGUGGGGCUGUCAGAUGCAUUUGUGGUAGUCCAUAGGAUCCAGCAAAUUCCCAAUGUCCGUAGAAGGACAAUAUAUGAGUAUCACCGAGUGGAACUUCAGAUGUCAAAGGUUACCAAUCUGUCAGCUGUUGAGAUGAUUCCUCUGCCCACCUGCCUCCAGUUUGACAGCUGUGGCCCCUGUGUUAUGUCCCAGAUUGGCUUCAACUGCAGCUGGUGUAAUAAACUCCAACGAUGUUCCAGUGGAUUUGAUCGUCACCGGCAAGACUGGGUUGACAGUGGCUGUCCUGAGGAGUCUAAAGAUAAGAUUUGUGAGAAGAAUGUAAACACAACUGAAAUGCCUCCUCAGACCACUGUUGCUGUACAGAAAACUACAAUGAGAUUCAGAGUUUUAACUACUACCAAAGGAACCACGACGUCACAUCUGCCAACUAGCCUGCCCACAGAAGAUGACACAAAGAUAGCUCUUCAUCUAAAAGAUAAUGGAGCCUCAACAGACGACAGUGCAGCAGAGAAGAAAGGCGGAUCUCUUCACGCUGGCUUAAUUGUUGGGAUCUUCAUUCUGGUGCUGAUUGUGGCAGCCGCUAUACUUGUCACAGUUUACAUGUACCACCAUCCAACGUCAGCAGCCAGCCUCUUCUUUAUUGAGAACAUUAUAAAGGAAGACCAUUGUUCAAGAAACCGUCGUCCAAGUAGGUGGCCUGCAAUGAAAUUUCGAAGAGGCUCUGGCCACCCUGCCUAUGCGGAAGUGGAACCAGUUGGCGAGAAAGAAGGCUUUAUUGUAUCAGAGCAAUGCUAGGAUUUUUGUGGCAGAUCACCAGUACUGGCCUACAGGUGUAAGACAUUCUAUCUGCUUAUCACUUAUAGGAAAGGAAACCUAAACUGCUGUAACCUGAAAGAGACAGAAUAGAUUUCUGGGAGUAUUUUCUCCAAGGAAAAAUGAAGUUCGUGGGAUCCCUGAGCAUCCUUUCCAGAGAUUUUUCCAGAGCAAGAUGGUGUACAAUUACUUCAUCCACACAUCUCAGAAACACAGUCUAAGAAUGUGGACACGAUUGCCAUGCUCUUAGUUUAAGUGUAAGACCAAUCAAGGAAAUGUAUACAAAGCUUUCACUCAGAAAAGUGCUUCCCUGUUUGAUCCAGCCCUCCAGUGUUUUUUAAUGGUCACAGAUGGUUACUCUUUUCACACUCGGAGUGAUCCUCAUUGACAAGGCUACUGACAAGAAUUAUCUGAUGCAGAUAACAUAGCUAAACAAUUUUCUACACUUCCAUGAGUAAUACAGACUUCGGUUUUCUUUUCUUUCCAUUCCAUGAACAUGAUAUAUAUCUGGAAAUAGCGGAGUGUUUCUUGUAUUUGUAGAAUUAUAUACUGUGAUUUUUUUCCACAACUAUAUUUGACAAAGCACUAGAGAGUUUUCUUUUUUUAAAAAAAAAGCAAGAAGGUUUUCACUAUGGUGAAAUUGGGCUGUCCAACUGGAAUAUAUAGUGAAAUUGGGCUAAUAUUAAGUUUCAAUGUUCACAAAAAUGGAAUUCCAGCUAUAGUCCUAUGUAUAAUCAUUUAGGAGUAAUUCCCAUUAAAUUCAGUGUGACUUGCUCCAGAAUUACCAUGCAUAGGAUUUGGCUGCUAGUUUCAGUAAUAUUUUUUAUGCUUCUAAAUGAUGAGUUGAACCAGACGUGGAGGACAUUUCUAGCUGAUGGUAGGCAGGGGGCGGGGGGAACCAGCCACAGAACCCAUGCAGCUGGGUGACGGAAUGUUACCAUUUAUAUCUCUCAUCAUUGUUUUAUCACAAGUUCCCGAAGAGCAACGUUUUUGGUUCUGAUCCACCCUUCUCAUAUUAAAGGUGUUGCAAAUCCAUGCAGAUUCAUAUAGUAAUAUUGUUUAAUGCACAUAGUAGCUGCAUAAAUAUAUAAAUAAAUAUAUAUAAAUAUAAAUAUAUUUUUUUUAUAGCUAACACAAGGCAGGCUCUUGUGACUGUUAAAGAGUGCAUUUUCACCAUCCAGACGAUGGAAAUAGAUUGCAUUGUUGCAUAUUUCCACUGAGCUGUAAAAUAAUCCUUAAUAUUAAAAUAAAUUUUUAUGUUGUGUAGGGAAAGUGGUUCGUUUAACUGCAGUGCUAUCACUUUUCCUGUCUCUUAGAGCUGCAGAUUCUUUUAACAGCAAAACCCUUGACAAGGAAAAGAUAUUUUUUAAAAAAAAGAGUCCCAGUGAAAUAUUGCCUUUGGACAUCAAGGGAUCACACUAUACAUUGAGCUACUCAAGCCUUCAUUCAGAUUUUGUGUGUGACCUUUCAUUGUUUUUACAUAUCAUAUGAGCACAGGCAUUUGAAUCAUGGUAAGGUAGAAUUUCCAACAUUCAGUUUCAGGUUUGAAGUUGUUUAGUUACAUUUUCAUGUGCCACCUUUAUAGCACUCUGCAUUUUCUCAUCAAUACUUGUAUGAUUCCAUUUUUUUUAAAAAAACAACAUGAUUUUUACCUGUUAUUUCCUUCAGUAAAUAAUACAAUACUGUA